AUGGCCCCGGAGGACGCGCGGGGGUCUGGGGUCCCGGGGGUGCCGUACCACGAGCGGCAGCGCCGGCAGCUCUGCGCCCUGCACGCCCUCAACAACCUCCUGCAGCGGCCCUGGCUCAGCCAGGCCUCGGCCGACCGCAUCUGCCAGCGGUUGGCCCCAAAUUCGCGGCCCAACCCCCACCGGAGCCCCCUGGGCACGGGCAAUUACGACGUCAACGUGGUGAUGGCGGCGCUGGGCACGCUGGGGCUGGCGGCGGUCUGGUGGGACAAGCGGCGCCCCCUGGAGCGCCUGUCGCUGCCGCACGUGCUGGGGCUGCUGCUCAACGUCCCCUCGCGGGUGACGCUGGGGACGCUGGCGCUGCCGCUGCGGCGCCCGCACUGGCUCUGCGUGCGGCACUUCGGGGGCACCUUCUACAACCUGGACUCCAAGCUGGCCGCGCCCGCCGCCAUCGGAGCGGAGCCGCAGCUCAGGGAGUGGCUGCGGGAGGCGCUGGCUCCGGGCUCCUCCGAGCUCUUCCUGGUGGUGGCGCGGGACGUGGAGGAGGCGGGGACCUGGCUGAGGCCCGAGUGACACCGGAGGGGACAGGUGGCACCCGUGGUGGCACCCGUGUGGUGGCACCUGUGGUGGCACCUGUGCAGUGCCAGCUGUGGUGGCGCCGCUGCGAAAAAUGCGGGGUUUGGGGUUUUUUUGGGGUUUUUUUUGGGGUGGGAUUUGGGCGUUUUUCAAAGAGGGCAGGUGGGGGUUGGUGGCACCUGGGGACACCUGGGUGGCAUCUGGGGACACCUGGGUGGCAUCUGGUGACAUCUGGGGACACCUCUGUGGCUUCAAAUCCCUCCCCAAAAUGGAUUAAAAGCGAUCCUUGGCA